AUGUUCAGAGCAUGUAUCACCGUCCUCCCUGCGUGUUUCCUCCAGGUAUCUGUCCUAUACCUUGUCUUUGACACAAAGAAGCCGGCCAUGACAUCGAAGUCGGAGUACCUGCAGCACCUGAUGGCUGAUUAUGUGAGGAGCAGGAUGCAGUUGACCCUCAAUGGCUACGACUGGGGUCCUUGCCAGUGCCCCCAGGCCACCCACCUGCCCCACUCACAGCUUCCCCGGGACAACAGAGACGGGGAGCGACUGCCCGGCCUGGCUAAUCUGCCUGUAGGAGACAAGUCCAUCAGAAGGCUCUCCCCAGUCCAGUGGAGAGGACCCACAUCCUACACCGCCCCAUCCAGCCUACAACUCCCAUCCAACAGAUUCCCUCCACUGCCUCCUGUCCCUGUAAGGGAGUUUGUCUCUGAGCCCGAGGAGCUACCCAGCAUGUCAGCAGGGAUGGAAUGGCUGUUUCUGAGACCACCCUGCCCCAUAUUCACCCACCUAGGGACCGACUCAGUCUCAGGAGCCUGUUUCCAAAGCACAUGUCAUUCUGAUCCGGCAAGAAUGACACACAAAAAGAAGAAGCGGAAAGUAACUGAAGAAAUGACAAGAAACAUCAUCAACACAGCAAGACCACAUCAGGAACCUCAUCGAUGAAUGUGAGCUAAUGUACUGCAUUGUAAUGUAAUACUAUGUACUGAAUCAAUAUUCAUAUUCAGACCGUAUGAAGUUAUUUUAAGUGUUAAAAACAUCACACAAUAAUUACAGUUGAAGUCAGAAGUUUACAUACACUAAAGGUUGGAGUCAUUAAAACUAGUUUUUCAACCACUCCACAAAUUUCUUGUUAACAAACUAUAGUUUUGGCAAGUCGGUUAGGACAUCUACUUUGUGCAUGACAAGUAAUUCACUGUAUCACAAUUCCAGUGGGUCAUAAGUUUACAUACACUAAGUUGACUGUGCCUUUAAACAGCUUGAAAAAUUCCAGAAAAUGAUGUCAUGGCUAGGAUAAUUGACAUUCAUCUGUACAAACAAUAUUACAAGAUGGUAACUACUAACAAUUGGAUACCACGAAAUUGGGGAGAAAAUUAAAAUAAAAUAAAAAAGAUUCCCCUACCCCUAAAUAGUAGCCAGGCUGUUUAUUCUCAUGUGACAGAUGAUACAUAA